AUGAGGGCAUGGGAUGGGGCACGGGAUGGGGCACGGGAUGGGGCACGGGAUGGGGCAUGGGAUGGGGCAUGGGAUGGGGCAUGGGAUGGGGCAUGGGAUGGGGCAUGGGAUGGGGCAUGGGAUGGGGCACGGGAUGGGGCACGGGAUGGGGCAUGGGAUGGGGCAUGGGAUGGGGCAUGGGAUGGGGCAUGGGAUGGGGCAUGGGAUGGGGCAUGGGAUGGGGCACGGGAUGGGGCACGGGAUGGGGCACGGGAUGGGGCACGGGAUGGGGCACGGGAUGGGGCACGGGAUGGGGCAUGGGAUGGGGCAUGGGAUGGGGCAUGGGAUGGGGCAUGGGAUGGGGCAUGGGAUGGGGCAUGGGAUGGGGCAUGGGAUGGGGCAUGGGAUGGGGCAUGGGAUGGGGCAUGGGAUGGGGCAUGGGAUGGGGCAUGGGAUGGGGCAUGGGAUGGGGCAUGGGAUGGGGCAUGGGAUGGGGCAUGGGAUGGGGCAUGGGAUGGGGCAUGGGAUGGGGCAUGGGAUGGGGCAUGGGAUGGGGCAUGGGAUGGGGCACGGGAUGGGGCAUGGGAUGGGGCAUGGGAUGGGGCAUGGGAUGGGGCAUGGGAUGGGGCAUGGGAUGGGGCAUGGGAUGGGGCAUGGGAUGGGGCACGGGAUGGGGCAUGGGAUGGGGCAUGGGAUGGGGCAUGGGAUGGGGCAUGGGAUGGGGCAUGGAUUGAUCUAAGGGUUUUAAAACGGGUUUGA